AUGUCCACCCAUGCGGAUGGAACCGCUUCAAGCACCUUGGAUCCUUUCUUUCAGGCAUUGACGGAUGAAAGAUAUGCUAUCCCUGAGGAGAAUCUCGCAAAUGCCAAGGACGUUGAUAAAGUCGUGAAGGCCAUCAAGUUUGAAAGCAAUAUCAUGACGGCACAGGGAUUCAAUUGUACAUGCACAGCGACUAUCGCCCACAACGUUUCAUAA